AUGAGGCGAAUUCAUCUGCCUCUUGUUGAGCAGGAACUUUUCAAAAUGCAAUAUGGAUGCACCGUCGCUCUCUUCAACCACCAGCCAGAAUAUCUGGAUGUUUCCGUGUGUCUCAAAGUUCCAUGUGAAAUCGGGGUGGAUAGUCAGGUGAACUCUCAUCACGUUUGUGGUGAUUGGGAACACUUCGGUAUCAACAAGCAAGUAUGGGAACCGUCCAAUCAAUCUGUAAAGAAUAGGCCCCAUUUUGGAGUUGUGAACCAGAUCUCCCAGCUCUCCAGCACUCAUAUCGCGCAAAGUCUCUAUUGA